AGAAGACGUCGACAAUCAUCCUCGACGCCUCAGCGACCCAAUUCAGCUCGCCCCACAGCGUCACCAAAGAAGCCGCCACCAAUCCCCAAAGCCACGGAGGCUGAUGCGCGCAAGCACCGCAUCCCACCGGGAUACUCCCUCAAGAACUGGGACCCUUCAGAGGAGCCGAUCAUGCUCCUAGGGAGUGUCUUCGAUGCUAACAGCCUUGGCAAGUGGAUCUACGACUGGACGGUUUACCAUCACGGCCCGGCAACUCCCAUCGCUGAUAUGGCGGGCGAGCUAUGGUUGCUCCUCAUUCAACUCGCGGGCAAGGUCAAGCGCGCCGAGGAGUGCAUGCCUCGAAUCCGGAAGGAGGAGAACAGAGAUAUGGUUGAGGAUUUCAUCGAAUCAGGGGAGAGAUUAACCGAUAAAUUAAAGAAGUUGUUAAAGGCGUGUGAGACGCCGAUGUUGAAGGCGGGCAGGAGGAACGGCAAGGAUUCGGCGCAGCUGGGCAAGAAUGCAGGGACAGAGUUUGUGGACUCCAUCUUCGGACGAGAUCGACAACUCGAUGCCACCGAGAAGUUCAUGGCAUCCAUCCGCCUAUGGAAUCUACGAUUCGAUGCCAACUGCGAGGAGAUUUUACGACGA